CGAGUUAGUUAAGGUGUGCAUUUGACUUAAAUAUUUCAAAACACAAGAUAAAAAAUUAUGUAUAUAUUUAUAACAAAAAACUGGAUGAAAUCGUCUUAAAAGAACUGUAAGCGUUCUGUUUACUGUUAAACACGACUUUUGCAUACGGGGCAGCAGGGUCAGCAAAACAAACGUACGCGGAUGUAAUUUUGGGCGUGGUCAGACGAUUUGAUUGGACGGCCGGCCGUGAGUCAUGGUGUUUAGGGUGAGCCGGUGCGUUCGUGUCUGUAGUAAAAAAAAAUAGAAAGAAAAAAAUUGUCCACCGUUUUGCGCAGUUUCUUUGCACGCUCGACAAACCGGAGCAGCAGCUUCAACCCGGCGGAGCCACACGACAACAACGUAACUACCAGCUUCCGCCGCUGUGGGGCAGCGUUUGUCUCAUGUGCGGCUCCCUCGUUGACGACUGCAGACGAAAGGGGGGUGAAAGUUGUGGACAUGUUUUCCUGGAAGUGCACGGUUUUACGGAUACGCUGUGCAACAUCGCGGCUACGGCGAUAGAAAGCCCGUUCCCGAGCGGCCGGACUCUGUCGUUUUGUUUUCGUGGGACCGUGAAGUCGUCCGUUCGCCAUAUUGUGCGCAGCGAAACUCGAUGGAAAGUUGUCAGCUAUGACAUUUGCUGCGCACACUCUCCGGUCAUGGAGCUGCACCAAGUCGACUUUGAUCGAAACCAGAGUGGCUCCAUGAAGCUAGUCAUGGAGAAGUCUGUGCACCUCUGAAAAACAAACAUACAAACAGACAGAAGGCAGAAAGGAGAAGAAGAAUGGACAGCAGAGCCUCCUAAGAUCCUGCACUUUCCUUUGGGAUCUGUAUUUCCUCCCUGGAUUCUCAGUUAGGUGAACACUACGGAGGAAAGUUUUGCACGCUCAGACUUUUUAUGAGUUUUCCUUCCCAAGUUAAUACUGACAACAUGAAGAAGGCGGAGGCGCAUUAUGGUAUGGGCCAACCGGCUUUAAAGACGAGUCAUAGCGACGGCGCCGGCACCUCCAACGUUUUCAACCCGGAGAAGGGAGCUCUACCGCACUAUCAGCAGGCGAAGUGGAUGCAGGACUCCGUGCAGGGGGCCGCUUGGCCCCAGGAGGCUCCCGUCCAGAGCUGGGGCCAAAACUUUGCCCCGUACAUCGGCGGCGUGAACGUCAGGGGUCAGAUGCCCUUCCACAAAGGCACCCACGACAGCCUGCAGAUCGGCGGGGAAAACCAGCUGCCGGCACCUGUGGAGGUGUACAGGGACGCCACCCAGCCUCAGAGUCAGGGCAGAGGGUUGGAGUGGGAGCAGCACGCCGCCGCCGCCGCAAUGCAUCAGGCUCAAUUGCAGGCCUAUCACCACAAAGGCAUGGAGCUCCAGAAUCAGCCGUCUCACGCCCUGCAGGGACAAGUGUUGCAGCCCUUCCAGGCGUCGUUUCGACCCAACAAGCAGCAGUUUCCUUCCGAGUACUACUCUGUUUUCACUGGAAACAAGCAAAACAUGGUCUAUGGCGAGCAGCCCAAAACGCAACAGCAACUUCUGCAGCAGAUGCAGCAGCAGCAACAGAUGCAUCAUCAUCACCAGCAGCAGCAGCAGCAACAGCAGCAUCAACUCCAGCUGCAGCAGCAAAUGCAACAGCAACAAAUGCAACAAAUGCAGCAACAAUAUCACCAGCAACAAAUCCAGGAGCAACAGCAACAAAUGCAGCAAAUGCAACAACUCCAACAACAAAACGUGCCGCAGCCAGAACAGCCACAGGUGCAAUCCAAGCAGCAACCGACUCAAAACUUCGGAGCGUAUCCGCAUCCGGAGCUUCAGUUACCCGACGGCAUCCAUGUGAAAGAAGAGCCUCAGUCGGUGCUGCUGCACCCGGAGACUCCCACCUGUGAGGCGUCACCCGCGCCCGAUCAGUGCCCCGAAAAGGUUCCCUCAAACCCUCUGGACGCAGCGCAGGCCGCCCCUCGGCGCUCACGGCGCCUCUCCAGGGAGGGACAGUCCCCGCUCGGCCCUCCUCCUGCAAACCCGUGGGCUCAAGCGCCCAAAGAGCCGCCGCCAUCCCUGAACGGAGUUCCCGGUGUGCCAGCAGCCAAAGGAGGAGGAGGAGGAGGAGCAAGCCAGGCGGCAACAGGAGGGGUCAUCCAGAAUACCCGCAGAAGACGGAGAGCGUCCAAGGAGAUCAACCUGGAGACUCUUGCGCAAAAGGCGUCAGAGAUGGAGUCUCUGCCUGCUAAAGCAAUUAAGCAGGAGGACGGCGCGUCCAGCCGACAGCCCCCCAUCGUGCCGCUGGUUAUCCCUGUGUCUGUGCCGGUGCCUCGGAGUCAAACGGACCCGCAGGGUGGCUGGGCUCAGGCAAGUCUCAGCCAGAGAGAGUGGUCUGCCGGCCAGUCGGACCGCAAACCCUCUGUCAUCGUAGCUCGGCGGCGGUCUCGCAGGAACUCUGUGACUGAGAGUUUUAGUCAGGAGGCGGAAACCGAUUCGGGAGCGGAUGAAGAUGGGAAAUCCAAGUUUAAGCGGCGACCUCGUCCCGAGCCGCUCAUCAUCCCUCCUCCCAAAGCGUCCUCCUUCAUCCCGCCGUCGCUCUACUCCAGCAUCACUUCCUACCAGAGUAACCUUCGCUCUCCCAUUCGCUUGCCGGAGAACCCUCACUCGCUGCCGCCGUACACACCUCCCCCCAUUCUGUCCCCCGUUCGAGGGGGGUCCGGCCUCUACUUUUCAGCUUUCCUCACCAACAUGGCGAGCAACCAGAUCCUCCCUCCGCCCGUGACUCCAAAAUCCGCAACACGCAGCCUGUUGCGUUCUGUGAGUUCAGACAUUACUCCUCCAGUUUUACCCAUCGUCACUGAUGCAGCUCCUGUCAGCCUGGAACCGCGCAUCAACAUCGGCUCGCAGUAUCAGGCAGAAAUCCCCAGUUUGCAGAACCCAGACUUCGCCCAGAACGACCAGCACCAAGCCGACCUGCUUUGGCUUCCUUUGGAUGACUCCAACCUCAAACACGUGGAGCACUUUAUGAAUCUAGCUUGUUCGAGUGUUUUGGAAGGAGGAGGGACCAAUCAGGAGCUGGUUUUACACUGUUUACAUGAAAGUGGAGGCAAUUUUCUCGUAACACUGGAACGUUUGAUGCUUCAGGAGCCGAUUUUCCCCGAUGGCCAUCAUCUGAAAAAUUAUCACUACUCAGGCUCAGACAGAUGGACGAGGGAGGAGAAGCGUUACUUCAAUAAAGGGAUCUCUGCCUACAGGAAGGACUUCUUCCUGGUGCAGACGCUGGUCCGGACUAAGACUGUGGCUCAGUGUGUGGAGUUCUACUAUACGUACAAGAAGCAGGUGAAGAUCGGUCGUAACAGCAUCCUAACCUUCGGCCCUCCAGAUUCCCCCACAGGAAAGCACUCAGAGGCUGUGGUGGAGGUUAAGAGCUCACAGCUUCCAAAAGAGACUCAGGAAGAGGAGGAGGAUGAAGAGCAGAAAGAAAAGUCGUAUGAAAGCCAUGAGAGCACGGUGGCUCGGUCGCUCCGGGUUCACGACUAUGCAGGGACGGUGUUGGUGUUCAAAGAGCCAGAAGCCAUAAAAAAGGAGCCUCAAAGUUUUACAGUGUCGCCCAGAAAUCGGGCCGAACCCACAGCGAAGAAAGCCAAACCGCCGCCAAAACCUCCUCAGGAUCCCAACGCAGUGUUUCCGUGCAAGAAAUGUGGCAGGGUGUUUUCCAAAGUCAAGAGUCGCAGUGCCCACAUGAAAAGUCACGCCGAGCAGGAGAAGAAGGCGGCGGCGCUGCGUCAGAAAGAGGAGGAGGAGCACGCCGCCGCCGCUCAGGCUCAAGCCAGGAAGGCAGCGGCCUCUGCCGCCGCCACCGCCGCUGCAGCGAGACAUCUGGGCGGUAACGGAUGGAUGCAGAUGGCCGAGCUCAGCAGUCAGGAAGACACAUCCGAGGCCGAGGAUGACAACGAUGCAGACUGGCAGUGAAGCUAAAGAUGGAUUUUUGUGCAGCUUGUAGAGAUUAUGAACAAAGCUAGAGAGCAUGAGGUUCAGAAAGAAGGGACGAUAGAAGCACAAAAAGACGAUUUCCAAGUCUUCCUGUUUAUUUUUACACAGCUUUCCCGACCAAAACGACUGUCUGACCCACCACACUCCAUACCUGCUCUUUUAUUUUGGUAAAUGCACUUCUCUUCUUUCUUUUUUUAUUUAAAAAUAUCAAUUUUAUUUUACAUUUUCACUGUGGAUUCAUCAUAAGAUUGAUAUUUCACGAGUAUCUCAAUUGCAAUGUAAGAUCAAGAUCAUUAUUAUUAGCUUCUUCACCAAAGCGGCCUUUUUAUGUACAGAUGGAGGCGAUUGUAUGUUAAGCUCCUUUGAAUUUUGCAGAUGUUUGCCACGUUUUUAGUUCAAAUUUAUUCUUACAAUAGCAAGGGACCUUUGAAGUGUGCAUGGACAAAAAAAAAGUAUAUAUAUGAGACUGCCAUGUAUUUAUGAUACAGCAUUUGAAAAUUUUGUAAAGCGAAAUCAUGUCAGUUGAAGAUUGACUGGUCUAAAAAAAUUAUUAAAAAGUCUAUUUUAAAGAGUGAAUUGAA